UUGGCUUGGCUUUGUUAGCUAGGCUUUGCUACUGCAGGAAGGUGCAUGAACUUUAAGAAGUGCACUUGAUGUAGUGUACUUGAACAUUAGACUAUUGAACUGGUCCAUCUUUUCAACUAGUGAAGAACAAACUCGGUCUUACUUUAUUGGUGUAAACAUUCUGUUUUUUUCAAACACUUUAAAGCUCAUCCCCUUGAAACUUUAAGCCAAUGAUAUCCAAGAGUACUGUAUGCCCUUUUUUGAACUGCCCCAUAUAUAGACAAGAUUAUCUUGUUCUCCCAUACACUUUUCUCUAGCACAUUUUUUCUCUUAGAAAAUUCAGCACUCUACAUCGAUUAUUGUAAUUAAGCUUGUUGAGUAUAUACACUUGCAAUGAAGACUUUUUCAUUUCUGUUGCCUCUUACUAUGCCUGAGAUUUUAAUACACAAGGCGUUUUUUCACACACCAACCAAAUGUGUUGGCUUAGCAAAAAGACUUGUGCCUUUUUGUAAUAUCCCAGGUCCUGUUGACCUGCCUGGCAUUGGAAGUUUCCUUAAUAUUCUUUGGAAUGGAGGGUUACAAAAUCAACAUGAAAUUAUGUUAAAAUAUCAUCAACAGUUUGGAGGUAUUUUCAAGAUGAAUCUUGGAAUUUUUAAGUCAGUGCAAAUUGGAGACCCAGAUUUACUAGAAACCCUUCUAAGAAAAGAAACAAUGUAUCCAAAGAGAAUGGAGAUUAAACCUUGGAAAAUGUACAGAGAAUAUAGAGGAGAAGAGUAUGGUCUGCUUACACUUGAAGGAGAAGAAUGGCAUAACAUGAGAAAAACUGUGCAAGGUCACCUCAUGAGACCUAAAGAAAUAGCAAAAAUGGAUGUGAAGAUUAAUGAGGUACUGAAAGAUUUUAUCAAGUACAUUAGCCAAAUAUGUGACCAAGAUGGGAAAAUUGGUGAUUUGUACCUUGAACUAAACAAACUUUCAUAUGAAAUAAUUUGUUCAGUCCUGUACAAUGAGAGAUGUGGACUUCUCCAAGAAGCUUGUACCGAAGAUGCCUUGACUUUCAUAAAAUCAGUAAAAAAGAUGAUGCAGUACUUAGGCCCUCUGAUUGUAACUUCAGCAGAUCUUCACAAGCAAUUUAACACAAGAUCAUGGCAAAAACAUACAGAAGCUUGGGAUUAUAUCUUUUCAACAGCAAAAUGUUUUAUUGACAAGAGAUUAAAAUCCAACCCUGCAUGGAGCAAUGAUUUACUUAACACAAUCUCCUCUAAUCAUCCCCUCACCAAGAAACAGCUAUCUGGUCUGUUUACUGAACUGCAGAUUGGAGGUGUAGAAACUACAGCAAAUUCUCUAUUAUGGUUAAUAUACAAUUUAUCAAGACACAGUGAUGUGCAGGAAAAAGUUCUAGAUGAAAUCCGAGCUGUUCUACCACCAGGCCAGUCACCAUCUGCUGAGCAUUUACAAAAGAUGCCAUAUCUGAAGGCUUGCAUUAAAGAAUCCAUGAGACUAACACCUACAGUGCCUUUUACCAGUCGAACAAUGGAGGAGGACACAAAUCUUGGUGGAUAUGUAAUUCCUAGAGGCGUUAUCACAAUGAUUAAUUUUCAUGCAAUGACAUGGAAUGAAGAUUACUUUCCUGAUGCACGAGAAUACAAACCUGAAAGGUGGUUGAAGCCAAGAGCUUCAGUUAACCCAUUUGCAAGCACUCCUUUUGGAGUUGGAAAAAGAAUGUGUGUUGGAAGACGUUUGGCAGAGUUGCAGCUUCAGUUGGCUUUGUGUUGGAUAAUCCAAAACUUUUACAUAUGUGCAACUGACAAUGAACCUUGCAAAGGCAUUAUCUCAGGGCUCAUGAUUCCAUCACGACAACUGCCUGUAUCUUUGAAGAAGCGAUAGUUACUCUUACGGUUCAUAUUUUUAGCAAUAUGUAUUUCUUUAAAAAUGUGUAAUGAUUCAAUUGAUUAAUAUAUAACAUUCUUAUCUUUUUAAAUACGGUUAUGCCAAAAUGUUUGAUAUAACUGCUUACAAAUAACAUUUUAUUUUGUUUGAUAGUUUUUUAAUAUUGCCAAA